UUACAAACUCAUUGUUCAGCAUCUCUUCUUAUCCAAACCAGAAGAAGCUGAUAGAACAAAGAUUAUUCAACUCAUCUUUUCUCCAAACUUGUGUCAAGAAUCAUCAUGGGAAGGCCACCAUGCAGUGAGAAAAAAGGGAUCAAGAAAGGACCCUGGACUCCUGAGGAGGACAUAAUCUUGGUGUCAUACAUUCAAGAGCAUGGCCCUGGAAACUGGAGGGCUGUUCCUACUAAUACUGGACUGCUUCGGUGCAGUAAGAGCUGUAGACUGAGGUGGACUAAUUAUCUCCGGCCUGGCAUCAAGCGCGGAAACUUUACGGAGCAGGAGGAGAAGAUGAUCAUCCACCUCCAAGCCCUUCUUGGCAAUAGAUGGGCUGCUAUAGCUUCUUACCUGCCGCAGAGGACAGACAAUGAUAUCAAGAAUUACUGGAACACUCAUCUCAAAAAGAAGCUUCUUAAGAGCCAGGGAUGUGUCGGUGAUGAUCAUAAUGAGACCAGUGGAGCCAAUUCAGAGGCUUCGUCGUCAGGAUCGAAAGGCCAGUGGGAAAGGAGGCUUCAAACGGAUAUUCACAUGGCUAAACAAGCUCUCUGUGAAGCCCUGUCACUCGACAAAUCUCCAGCCACUAGUACUACUACUACUAGUACUACUGCUACUGCUUCCCCUGCAGCCUCGGUCCAGGCACCAGCUCCGCCUAAUUCUAGCGUAGCGCCACCUGUCCAGACCUCAUCAGCUUCCUAUGCUUCCAACACAGACAACAUAGCUCGAUUGCUCCAGGGUUGGAUGAAAAGGUCUCCUAAUUCUUCGACAUCGUCUCAGGAUCAUCAAACAAACUCAUCCGAUAUGACUACUGGUCAUGAGUACUCCAACUCUAUCAACAACAAUAACAAUUAUCAUCAAAUUGGGAGUACUAGUGCAGCAGGUUAUAGUUCUGCUAGUGAAGGACAAACACCGGAACACAGGAUUGCUCGCGGUCGCGGUGGUAUGGAGUCAUUGUACAACAUCUACAACAACUCUUCCGCCAAAUAUUCAUCUCCAGCAGAGGUAUCUAUGGAUGAUGCAGCCAAUUUUCGGAUGGAAAACAACGUAAACAACGGGCUUUUCAUGUUACAAGACCACGACGAGGACAAACAGAACGUCAACAACAGCGCCUCUCUGUAUCAUCAUCAGCAACAGCUACGACAAGUGCCUUCUCUAACUCUGAUCGAGAAGUGGCUCCUAGAUGAUGUUACUGCGGCAACUCCUCGACCUGGACCGGACAACUUAAUGAUGAACAUCUUUUGAGAAGCUAAUUGGGAAUCUUCCUUUCCUCCUAAUCAACUCGAGGAGGUCUGAUUAAAUAGGAUGAAGAACAUCGAAGAUUGAUCAUAAAGUGUACAUAUUAGUCCUAGUUAUUAUACAGUAUAUCUUAUUAUGCCUAUGUACUCAACAUAAUAUUGUAAUCAUCUGCAUGUAAUCAGUUGUACUAGAACACAAGUAUAUAGAUAAGUUUCUAUUUGUACUUGAA